GAGAGACUAAAAGUUUAUUGUUUUGACAGACGCAACCAAAAAUUUCAAUGCAAAAGGAGAUUCUUUUCUAAAGGAGUGUGGGGGAUAGAGAAAAAGAAGAAUGGGAAUCCCCGUUCUAAUGUGGAGACCCACGGAUUGGAUAAUUGAUAGUGCAGCAAAGAAGGGAGAAGAAGAAAAUUGCCUGGCAAGACCUGGAUCUUAACAGUCACAACAAAAUUCCAUUAAAAGAAUCCAGAUGGAGGGUUGCUUAAAAAGAAAUAAAGUCCUUUCUGCUCUCCGGAGAAAAAAUGAAUAGUGAGCAAUGGAGAGCAUUGGAGCCAGAGAGGCAGAAAACCUCAGAAAAAGGAAACUAGGCAAAGGAUCCACAGUGGAAUGAAAACUUUCGGAAAGGAGAAGGACCAUUCAUCCUCUGCAAGGAUUUUUGCUUUUUUCCUGUUAUUUUAAGCCACUCUUCUCCAGUGAAGGCAAACAUCGGCGUUACCACUACAGCAAUUUCAAGCAGAAAAGUUGAAAGCCACAGAGAAAAUAAAGGACAGAGAAGAAAGCAAAAUUGCCGGAGGGGGAGAGUUCAGCAGUGUUGGGUUGGAUUGGCACCUGUAUGGACUGAAAUUGCUGGGAAAUUGCCAUUGGAUAUCCUCUAUUUUGGUUUCCUUUCUUGUUUUUAAUUUUGGUUUGCUUGCUGAAAUGAAGUAGUUUUCAAACCCCUCCCCCACCCUGGUUUUUCGUAACCGCUCGGAUUUCCAGCUGGAUAGUCUUUGAGGAUACAGGUGGAUGCUGUGGGGGGGUCCAGGCAGCUCUGUGCAACAGUCUCCAAUGGGGUAGUAGGAUGAGAAGGUCCAGGGGUAUUUUGGGAAACGAGGCGAAACAUCACAUCCCAAGACGGUAAACGUACCGAAAAGUUUUCCUGAUCCUUCAGGGUGUCCGGGAUACCAAGAAUGAGAUGGAAAGUAGCAAAAAGAAAAGUAGAAGAACCAUCUUGCAAAUCUGGCCUGUGAUAGUGAAUGGGGCUGAUACAGAAGACAGAAGAUUGCUGUAUCUCUAGAAGCUACUAGUGCCACACCAGCCAGACAAGAAUAACCAUCAGCUCUGAAGCUGGACAUAGCGGGCUGAGGUCUCAGCUCAGUUCCAGUGAAGACAUUGCACCAGUGCAGUGGUCAAAUAAUUGGUUUGGCUAUUCAAACUCCAGAAGGACCAACACCAAAUAAAUUAUGAAUGUUGAACAAGAUGACCUUACAUCCACAGCAGAUAAUGAUAGGUCCUAGGUUUAACAGGGCCCUAUUUGACCCCCUGCUUGUGGUGCUGUUGGCUCUUCAGCUUCUUGUGGUGGCUGGUCUAGUGAGGGCUCAAACUUGCCCUUCUGUCUGCUCCUGCAGCAACCAGUUCAGUAAAGUGAUUUGUGUACGAAAAAAUCUGAGAGACGUGCCAGACGGCAUCUCCACCAACACCCGGUUACUCAAUCUCCAUGAGAACCAGAUCCAAAUCAUUAAAGUUAAUAGCUUCAAGCAUCUGAGGCACCUAGAAAUCCUGCAGCUCAGCAGGAAUCACAUCAGAACAAUUGAAAUAGGGGCUUUCAAUGGUCUGGCCAAUCUCAACACUUUGGAGCUCUUUGACAAUCGUCUGACCACUAUCCCAAAUGGGGCUUUUGUAUACCUGUCAAAACUGAAGGAACUGUGGUUGAGAAACAACCCCAUUGAGAGCAUCCCUUCUUAUGCUUUUAACAGAAUCCCUUCUCUCCGGAGGCUGGAUUUGGGGGAAUUGAAAAGGCUUUCGUACAUCUCAGAAGGUGCCUUUGAAGGUCUGUCCAACUUGAGGUAUUUGAACCUUGCCAUGUGCAAUCUUCGAGAGAUUCCUAACCUCACCCCACUUGUAAAGCUGGAUGAGUUAGAUCUUUCUGGGAAUCACCUGACUGCCAUCCGGCCAGGUUCUUUCCAAGGGUUGAUGCAUCUUCAGAAAUUGUGGAUGAUACAGUCCCAGAUUCAAGUGAUAGAAAGGAAUGCUUUUGAUAACCUUCAGUCACUUGUUGAGAUCAAUCUGGCACACAACAAUCUAACACUACUGCCUCAUGACCUCUUCACACCACUCCGCCUAGAAAGGAUCCACUUGCACCACAAUCCUUGGAACUGCAACUGUGACAUCCUUUGGCUCAGCUGGUGGAUUAAAGACAAGGCACCCUCCAAUACUGCAUGCUGCGCCCGGUGCCACACACCUCCCAGUUUAAAAGGAAGGUACAUCGGUGAGCUGGACCUGAAUUACUUCACGUGUUACGCUCCGGUCAUAGUGGAGCCACCAGCAGACCUCAACGUCACAGAAGGUAUGGCUGCAGAGAUGAAAUGCCGGGCAUCAACCUCCCUGACCUCUGUAUCUUGGAUUACUCCGAACGGAUCUGUUAUGACACACGGGGCGUACAGAGUUCGGAUUGCUGUGCUGAGUGAUGGCACGUUGAAUUUUACAAAGGUAACUGUGCAAGACACGGGUUUGUACACAUGCAUGGUGAGUAACUCUGUUGGGAAUACCACGGCCUCUGCCACCCUGAAUGUGACCGCCCUGGAUAACCCCGGUUACACGUACUUUUCAACCGUCACAGUAGAGACUGUGGAACCUUCUCAGGAUGAGGCACAGACCACAGAGCAGGUUGGGCCCACGCCAGUUACCAACUGGGAGACCACUAACAUGACAACCUCACUCACUCCACAGAGCACAAGAUCAACAGAAAAAACAUUCACCAUUCCUGUGACGGACGCAAACAAUGGGAUCCCGGGAAUAGAUGAGGUUAUGAAGACUACCAAAAUCAUAAUUGGUUGUUUUGUGGCUAUCACUCUCAUGGCUGCUGUGAUGCUGGUAAUUUUCUACAAAAUGAGGAAACAGCAUCACCGGCAGAACCAUCACGCACCAACACGGACUGUAGAGAUCAUUAAUGUGGAUGAUGAGCUUACAGGUGACACACCCAUUGAGAGUCACUUGCCCAUGCCAGCAAUAGAGCAUGAGCACCUAAAUCACUAUAACUCUUAUAAGUCUCCUUUCAACCACACAACAACAGUUAACACAAUAAAUUCAAUACACAGUUCAGUGCAUGAACCGUUAUUGAUCCGAAUGAACUCAAAAGACAAUGUACAAGAGACUCAAAUCUAAAACAUUUAUGACAUUAUGGGGUGGGGGUGGGGACAACAAAAGAUGGUUUAUAAAACAAAUGACACAAAUGACUGGGCUAAAUCUACUGUUUCAAAAAAGUGUCUUUACAAAGAAAAAGAAAUUUAUUUAUUAAAAAUUCUAUUGUGAUCUAAAGCAGACAAAAUUAUGUGUAUUCCUCAGAACCUGUUUUUGCUGCACUUAUUUACCCUCCUCGUUCCCUUUUUCCUCCCCAACCUACCCUGACUCCCAUUUGCCAUAUUUUUCAUAGGAGAUCUCGAUUCCCUAAAAGAACUGGUCUAGGAAAUUUUGUAAGAAUUCUGUUACACUUUGGGAAUUUUUAUGGUGAAUUCUAGUGGUGAGAUUCGGUCUAUUUUGUCACUUUUUCUCUUUUUUUCUUUUGUUUUCUCAUGCCCUUUUUGAAAUUAUUCCAUAGAGAAUGGAAUAAUAACAACAGCUUUAUAAGUGAGAAAAACAAAAAAGCUAAACCUUUUUUUCAUGUAAUGAUCUGCUCUGUAUUUACCAAAAGCACCAUUCUGUGAAAAAAAUGGAAGAAAAAGUAAAAAAAAAAAACCAACGAUGAAAAAACCCAAGAAAUCAAUUUACUUGUGAAAAGCUAUAAAACCCAUGAUCUUUUAAACAAUUCUAGAACCAGAAUUUGUAGUUCAAACACUAAACUAAGAUUAUAAAUAAAAUAUUGUUUUUUUCUGUA